GCUGUGCAAAAAUCUUGCCAAAUUUCUUAAAUUCCACUGAUAUAGGUAUUUAAAGUUAGUCGAAUUAAUACCAACGCAAUGAAACUGGUAAAAAUAUAUUUACGGUAUUAUCCACCAGGUAUUGCUCUUAAUUAUCGAAAACGAAAUGUCGAUGAGACGAAAAUGAUCGAUCUAUUCGAUCUGACACCCAGCUGUGAUCUAUCGGCUCUAACGAAGAAGAUCGCCUUGACUGAGCCAAUGAUAACGCAAGAAAUAUUCCCACAAGUAACGGAAAUCCUGGAAAAGCUACAGAAAAAACUAAAGGAACCUGUCAAAACCAAAUUCUAUCUCUUCAAAACGCUUCAAACGCACAUUCUUCCACUGACAAACGUGGCCUUCGAUAAAUCCGGGAAAAAAUGCAUUACUGGAUCAUAUGACCGAACCUGCCGGAUAUGGAAUGUGGACAGCGGAGAUGAAGAAAACGUUCUCAAAGGGCAUGAGAAUGUAGUAUUUUCUGUAGCAUAUAAUUAUCCCAAAUGCGAUCGCAUUCUCACUGGAUCAUUCGAUAAAACGGCCAAAAUUUGGAAUCCCACCUCGGGUAACUGUUUGAACACCUUAUGGGGACACACGGCUGAAAUCGUGGCUGCCGAGUUCAACCCUAAUCAAGGAGAACAGGUCGUAACAUGUAGCAUGGAUAAAACGGCUCGUGUAUUCCAUUCGGAAACAGGUCAAGAAAUACAGCUGCUGAGUGACCACCGGGCGGAAGUUAUUUCGGCGCGAUUCAAUAAGGAUGGAAAUCUACUACUAACGGCGUCUUUCGAUGAAACUGCCAUUAUCUGGGAUUUGAGAAUGAAAGAACAUGUCAUAGUCGUCAAAGGUCAUGAAGCAGAGUUGAGUAAUGCCAUUUGGAAUUUCCAAUGCACUAAUAUAGCCACCAGUUCGCUGGAUAAAACAGCCAGACUUUGGGACGUUCGUAAUCUAGAAUGUUGCCAAGCAGUGGCAAGCCAUAAGGAUGAAGUUCUGGAUGUAGCGUUCAACUGUACCGGAUCUCGACUAGCAACGGGAAGCGCUGAUUGCACUGCAAAAAUAUGGGAUGUCACCGGUAAUUUUGAGUUGGUUACCAUAAUGGCAGGUCAUACCGAUGAAGUAUCUAAGGUAGCGUUCAGCCCUCCGGGAGGAUUGCUUCUCACAGCAUCUGCUGAUAAGACAGCCCGGAUCUGGAACUCUGUAACGGGUAUAUGCACUCAAACAUUGGCAGGACACGACGGAGAGGUAUUUUCUUGUUCGUUCAAUUACUGUGGAGAUGCCAUCAUUACCGCAUCGAAGGACAACACUUGUAAGAUAUGGAGAUGAUACGACUGGUUCUCGGGGCAAGCCUUUAAAGUAUGUAACUGUAUGAACGUUAUCUCUAACUUCAAGCAUCUGAAACUAUAACGCCAAGAGGAUGGCAGAAUGAAUGUCAUUCAUCAAAGGAC